CGUGCUGAUACUGCUAAUCUCAAGGAAUAUGGUGAAUGUUAUCGACGUCUUGGUGAAGGUUCUACUGCUGUUGUCAUGAUCACUCGCAAAUUGGAAGGAAAAGGCGAAAAACUCUAUGCUAUCAAACAAUUCCGAAAACGACAACGAUCUGAAUCAGAAAAGGAUUACAUGAAAAAAUUGACAAGUGAAUUUUGUAUCUCAUCCACCUUUUCUCAUCCCAAUGUGGUGGAAACUAUUGAUUUGGUCUUGGAUGAUCGAAAACGUUAUAGUACUGUGAUGGAAUACUGCCCAGGUGGUGAUUUAUUUGGAUGUAUCAUGGCGGAAUGUAUGACGGAACGUGAAAAAGCCUGCUGUUUCAAGCAAAUGAUUCAAGGCUUGGCAUAUCUUCAUUCUGUUGGUGUGGCUCACCGGGAUAUCAAACCAGAAAAUUUACUAUUGACCGCUGAUGGAACUGUGAAAAUCACCGAUUUUGGUGUUAGUGAUGUCUUCCGAUUUGCAUGGGAAUCAAAAGGUCACAAAAGCCGUGGAUUGAUGGGAUCUGAACCUUAUAUUGCUCCUGAAGCUUUUGAAAACAAAGAAUAUUGGGGUGCUGUUGCUGAUGUUUGGUCUUCUGGAAUUGUUCUUUAUUGUCUAUGGAUGCAAGGAUUAAUAUGGCACCGAGCAAAGAAAUCUGAUCAUGCUUAUGCUUGUUAUUUACGCCAAUACUCAACUCAGCAAUUUGAAUUAUUAUCCAAAUUACCUACUGGUCCUCGUCGUUUACUCUAUGCUAUUCUGGAUCCAAAUCCUUCAACUCGUAUUUCAUGUCAAGAUAUUUUGAAUGAUCCUUGGGUACAAUCAAUCGAUGUUUGUGUUCAUGGUAUUGGUGCCAACAAUCAACCUCAUCAUCAUAUU